GGCAAAAACCUCUUUGUAGCUACUACCGUCAAAGUCAAGAAAGAGAUGGCUAUCGUUAAAAUUAUUUUAGCGUUGGCUUUGAUUGUUGAAAUACAAUUCAUCGCCGUAAGGUGUUCCAAUUCCUUUCCGUCGCCAAGUGUCACCAGAUCGGAAGGACUGAAAAAGCUGUUCGGAAAGGAUUUCGAAAGCGACUUGCAGUCCCAGUCACUUGCCUUUACUUCGGGAACAGGACCACGGCCUUUUGCCAACGAAGAGGUUAGUUACACAGGACCUUCUAUUGACCUUUUGGAGACCGAUAAGAGUGGACCUAAAGAUGAAAAUGCGGGAGGGGAUGUGGAAUUGGCUUACACUAAAUCAGGCAAUAAGAACAAGCACGACGAAAGCCACGAGAUCUCUUCGCCUCGUGUGCGACAAAUUAUGCUACUGAAAGCGCGAGCCACAACCAAAGCGACGGAAGGAGAUUCAAGAAAAGGGAUAGUUAACCAAGAUGAAAACGGAUAUGAACGCAGACCUGAGCACAGUAUUACAAGAGUAACUCUUCGCAACAUAUUCAACCAGAUAGGAAGAAAGGAAGAGAAAAUUGGUGACGGUCAAUCUGACGAGGAGGUGAGGGAUGCUGCAUCUGGAAGCGCAAUUCGUUCAGAAACAGAAUCCAGUGGUUGGUCUACAUUUGAAACUGCAGACAGUUCAAGUGAGCCUGAAGGAGUCACACAUGAAUUAGAAACUGGUUCUAAAAACGAGCCAGAAUUCGCAGGUAAGAAUACAGGAGCAUCUAGAGAUCAAGGAAGCGGUGAUCUUCAGUUCUCUUAUGGUGGAAUGAGACUUCCAAAAGAUCUCAAAGGAGCGAAUGUCGCCAAGGUUGUGUCAGAAUCAGCUCGUGAUAAGCCUAAAGGAACUAUUAUAAAAGGAGAAGGAAACAGCGGAAGUGAGAAGCUGCCAUUCGAUCCCAUACUCCUUUUUCAAGUAAGAAAUAUCAGAACCAACGUCCUGAAGGCGGAAAAACAGGCAACCAUGGAACUAAACGACGUCAGAAAAGAGUUCAGAGCCAAAAUGGAAGAUCUUCAGGAAGAUCUAAAGAUGGUGAGAAAGUUGACAAGUAAUGUCCACAGGAAAGUUGGCAUUACAGUUAAACAGGCGCUUGCAAUGGCAAGACAAGCGAAGACCAACGCAACCAACAGAUUGGCAAUGGCACGAAAAGCUGCAACAGCUCUGAACAACAUCGAGAAAAAGCUCGGAGUAAUUCAUACGAUUAACGCCUCCAGAAUACUUCGCUCAAAGAUUCCUCAGUUUCCAAAAUACAGUGAUGUCACCCUCUACCAACAGCUCCUGGCAACCAACCGAAUCUUAACGAAGCUCGAUGGCGCUAAAGUCUUGGCGAUUGAUCGGGCAGAGAGGAGAUUUCGCAACGAAGAGGAGACAGGAAGCUCAAUCUCACAAGAGGUGGAUUCCCUAAGAGAUGAAUUAGCCUCCGCGGAGGAGGAACUCAGCGAGGAGACGGAUCGGGAAAUGGAAGACGAGAGAGAGGCACAAGAGAAGAUACAAGAGGCUUUGGAAAGGAACAAACUUGUUGCAAAGAAGACGGCAUUUGCUCUAACGGCUAUUGAGAACUACUUGGAAAAGCUUCAGACAGACGAGGCUAAGCUUAAGCGGUUCCGAUUUUAGCCAUUUAAGAACGUGAUCAGAGGCAA